AUGACAAUAGUCCGCGAAACCAUCAGGGAGACUCACCAGACCCUUGAGGCCGCCGGUAUCCCCGACGCCCGCCUGGAGGCCGAGGUCAUGGUGAUGACGGUGAUGCCGGACGAUCUUGCUGGCAUCAUCGGUCAGCGCCUCGAACGCAUACCGCUUGCCUACAUUCUUGGAUACCGCGAGUUCUAUGGCAUCAACGUGGUGGUGACCCCGGAUGUCCUGAUUCCCCGACCGGAGACCGAGGGCAUCGUCGAGCACACGCUGUUCAUGGCGCUGAUGGGGAUGGAGACCCGUGAGCUGAGUAUUGCCGACGUCGGGACGGGCAGCGGCGCGAUCGCGGUCAAUCUGGCCAUCCACUUGCCGGCCGCCCGCAUAUAUGCCGUGGACAUAUCGGAGCCGGCACUGGAUGUCGCCGCCUGGAACAUACGCGCUCACUCCGUCGCCGACCGUAUUCGACUGGGCCACGGCGACCUCCUUGAGCCAGUCCCCGAGUCGGUAGACCUGAUCGUUGCCAACCUGCCCUACAUUCCCACUGACCGUAUCCCCACACUGCAGCCCGAGGUGCAGUGCGAGCCAGGCGCGGCCCUCGACGGAGGGCCCGACGGCCUUGACUUGGUGCGGCGUCUGCUGGCACAGGCUCCGGGUAAACUGAACAGCCCGGGCAUCAUCCUGCUGGAGCUGGAUCCGGAGCAGUUCCCUGCCGCUGAGGCUGUCGCUUUGCAGCACUUUCCCGAUGCCGAGAUUACUGCAGAGCAAGACCUCUCACACCGCGACCGGAUUAUGGUGAUUAGCCGGCCAUAG